UGUUGCAUUGGCUUUGACUUUGCACACUUAUUACUUUUAAUUCAUUCGACUGCUGGCACGCGCAUCAAACGGACGGAAACAAUGACGGACGGAUUGGAAACAUGCGAGCUUACUCUCCCGUUGGGUCAAAUUAAGGGCGUCAAGCGCCUUAGUCUAUACGAUGACACCUACUAUAGCUUCGAAAAGAUUCCUUUUGCGAAGCCCCCACUGGGAGAAUUGAGAUUCAGGGCGCCAGUGCCGGCAGAACCAUGGAGCGGAGUUCUGGAUUGCACCCAUUACGCGGAGAAGCCAACCCAGAAGAACUUAAUGACCAGGGCUAUAAAAGGGACCGAGGACUGUUUGUAUCUGAACGUUUACUCCAAGCAGCUGAGGAGUGAGAAGCCAUUGCCGGUAAUGGUGUACAUUUACGGCGGGGCCUUCACCGUGGGUGAGGCCACCCGUGAACUCUACGGCCCCGACUACUUCAUGACCAAAGAUGUGGUUCUGGUAAUCCUAAACUAUCGUGUGGAUUGUUUGGGAUUUCUUUCCCUCAAGGAUAGCAGUCUGAAGGUUCCUGGAAAUGCCGGACUUAAGGAUCAGGUGCUGGCUAUCAAGUGGGUCAAGGAGCACAUUUCCAACUUCAAUGGCGAUUCUAAUAACAUUACGGUUUUCGGCAAUAGUGCCGGUGGAUGCUCCACCCACUUUAUGAUGUGCACGAAUCAGACCGAGGGUAUGUUUCACAAGGCUAUUGUCAUGUCGGGAACAGUGCACAAUAUCUGGUCCGAUACCCCGAGUGAGGACUUUGCUUACCGCCUGGCGCAGCAGUGCGGUUUCACCGGCCAAAACAACGACGCCAAGGUUUUGGAACACCUUCUGGGUGUUCCUGCUACAGAUCUUGUAAACCACAAUGUCUUAACACCGGAACACCGAAGGAACGGGUUGAUUUGGACCUUUGGACCCACUGUGGAGUCGUAUGUGGGUGAGGAUUGUGUGAUUCCCAAGCCGCCCGUCGAAAUGGCCCGCGAUGCGUGGUCCAACAAUAUACCUAUCAUGCUGGGGGGAACUUCAUUCGAGGGUCUUUUUAUGUAUCCUGACGUUUCCGCCAAUCUUAAGGCAUUGGACAGUCUAAAUCAGGAUCCCCUGAGGAUGGUGCCUCUGGAGGUCCGUGAGGUCAACAGCGAGAAGCAGAAUCUGGAAUAUGGGCGUCGUCUGAUCAGAACCUAUUUCGGUGAUGCCCCUCCCAGUUCGGAGCUUUUGAUGAAUAUGCUAGAGUAUUAUUCGUAUAAAAACUUUUGGCAUGGUUUUCACCGCACUUUGAGCGCAAGACUCGCGUAUGCGAAGGCACCAACGUACUACUACCGCUUCGACUUCGAUUCUCCGAACUACAACUUCUAUCGUGCUAAGUUCUGUGGGGAUAUUAUAAAGUCUGGAGUGGCCCAUGCCGAUGACCUCAGCUAUUUGUUCCGAAACUCGGGAUCUUGGAAACUAGAGAAGUCAUCUGCCGAAUAUCGCAACAUCGAAAGGAUGAUUGGCAUUUGGACAGCAUUCGCAGCGUCCUCCAAUCCCAAUUGCAACGAAAUAGGCCAUAUAGAAUGGAAACCAUCAACCAAGGAUAAUCCCAAGCAAAUAAUUAAUAUAAGUUAUGAUGUAAAGAUAAUUGACUUGCCAGAGUAUGAAAAACUUCAAAUUUGGGAUGGCAUUUACAGUCCGGAUCAAUUGAUCUGACCUUAAACACCAUAUUAUGUUCGUGAAAAUCACUAUCGAUAUUGGUCUUUUGGCCUUGGCAUGAUAAUUUAUAUAAUUACCGGUCAGUUCAACAAUAAUAUAUUCUCUUGUAUAUUACACAUAUGGACAUUCUGCAAUUAUAAUAAAACAUAUUACGUUUAAAUUUC